AUGGCUUCGAAGCAGUCCGAAGGCUUGGUGGGUAUCAGUGAUACGGACCUGGUGAUUCGCCUUCAUGCGCGUCUUCACGUCGACCUACACCUGCUGAGUCCAACUGGCCUCCCGGGAGAGACUACAGAGCCUGUUUCCUCCAGCCCCUCGACUUCAAGGAGACCCCCGGCUGGCCUGUCAGAGUUGCGGCCCAAGCAUCUGCCUGACUGGAGCAAUCUGAAGGUCAUUCAUCGAAAUACACUUCCACCUCGAAGCCACUUCCAUCUGUACAAAUCGGAAAAGCAUGCCCUAGCCGGCGAUGUCAGCGAAUCAAGGGCCGCGCUAUUGUCGGGGACCUGGGGCUUUGACCUCUCAAUUGGUCCCUUCAAGGGCCCUCGGGACUUUUACAAGCCUAGUUUCGAUCAUACCGAUUGGAAACUCAUCGAAGUACCAGGCAUGUGGCAAUGCCAGGGCUUCGGCAAGGGGCCGCAGUAUACGAAUGUCAACUACCCCUUCCCAGUUGAUCCCCCAAACGUGCCAUAUGACGAUAACGAGUGUGGUCGCUACAUUACACAGUUCCAGGUGCCCGACAAUCUGAAAGGCGGGGACCAGUUCAGGCUUCGUUUCGAAGGGGUCGACUCAGCCUUUACUGUCUGGGUGAACGGGCACGAGAUCGGCUAUUCUCAAGGCUCAAGAAACCCGAGCGAAUUCGACGUGUCCCCAGCCCUCAUUAUCGAUGGCGAGAACACUCUCUGUGUCGAGGUCUACCAGCGAUGCGACGGGAGCUACAUCGAGGACCAAGACCAGUGGUGGCUCAGUGGGAUAUUCAGGGACGUCUGGCUGCACUCAUUCACCGACCUACACCUCGAGGACUUUCACGUUCAGACCAUCUUGGAUGAUGAUUAUCAAGAUGCCUGUCUCACGCUUAGUGUUAAACUGAAUAAACCCGGUGAUGUCCAUGUGAAGCUGCUGGACAUGGAAGGGGAAGUCGUCGUAACUGGGCAUAUCGAUACGUCUCGGCGCGACUCCUCCACGUCCGAGUAUCGUCUCAAAAACCCGGAGAAGUGGACAGCAGAAACUCCGUACCUCUACACCUUAGUGCUUUCCGUCGGCGGUGGGUACGUCGCACAAAAGGUCGGCUUCCGCCGGGCUGAGCUUGUUGACGGGGUGUUUUGCGUCAAUGGUAACGCCAUCAAAAUUAGGGGAGUCAAUCGUCAUGAGCAUAACGCGAAAUCUGGGAGAACCGUUCCAUACAAUGCCCUCAGACAAGACCUCGAGGUGAUGAAGUCAUUCAACAUCAACGCAGUCCGCACCUGCCAUUACAUCAAUGACACCAGAUUAUACGAUCUGGCCAACGAAUUAGGUCUGUGGGUGCUUGACGAAGCUGAUCUUGAAUGCCACGGCUUUGGCGAAGUGGGUGCCGAUCCCGCGAGCUUCACUUCUGAUAAUCCCGAAUGGAGGGAAGCAUACGUUGACCGGGCCCUCCAGAUGGUCGCGAGGGAUAAGAACCAGCCAUGCGUCAUUAUGUGGUCGCUUGGCAACGAAGCCUUCUAUGGGAGAAAUCACCAGGCCAUGUACGAUGAGAUCAAGAAGAUCGACAGUACCCGCCUCAUCCACUACGAAGGCGACCAGGAUGCUCAGACAGCAGAUAUCUACAGCCGCAUGUAUACCCCUAUUGACCAGAUGAUCAAGCAUGCCGAAGAGGCGGACUGGAAGAAGCCAUUCGUCAUGUGCGAGUACAUCCAUGCCAUGGGCAACGGCCCAGGCGCCAUUCAGGAGUACAUCGAGGCUUUCUACAAGUAUCCGCGACUGAUGGGUGGGUUCGUGUGGGAGUGGGCCAAUCAUGGCCUGGUCACGGAGACGAAAGAUGGUGAAGAGUACUUCGGGUAUGGUGGGGAUUUCGGCGAUGAACCGAACGAUUACAACUUCGUCAUGGACGGACUAUGCGAUUCUCGGCAUUCUCCAGGACCAGGACUCAGCGAGUAUAGCAAGGCGAUCGAGCCUGUGCAGAUGCUAGAUUUUCUCGGCAGUGAAGUGGAGAUCAUCAAUCGUUAUGAUUUCCUGACCUUGGAUCACCUGAAGUGCUACUGGGAGAUCAUCUCCGACCGACAACAACAUAUCGGGCGCGAGCUGCACAUCCCAAAAGGGGUCAAGCCGCAUACAAGAGCAAGGAUUGUUCUUGGUGGAAUGCCGAAGACUCUAGCUGUCAAUACCUGGCUUCAGCUCAAUUUCGUCACGCGGCCCGGCUUCAAAUGGUCACCACAACGAGUUGUCGCGCGGGGCCAACUUCAGCUCACACCGCCGCCUUCCUUUGCGCUGCUCAAGACAGUCAUUGCUCCUCCCAAAGCAUUGCCGAUCCCACGACGCAAGGACGACAUGUUCUUUGCAUCUAUUUCCAACGGCACAACUUUUGGAUUUGACCUUGGUAGAGGCACUCUAUCCUACCUCACCCACGCGUCUAAUCCGCAGAUCAACCUCAUCACCGUGCCCUUCACCCUCGACUUCUAUCGCGCUCUUACCGACAAUGACCGUGGAGGACCUUUCGGCAAGCAGUGGGUUGAUGGGCGAGUACACCAAACCCGCAACCAUUUCACCAAGAUGACGACCACUAAGACAGCGGAUGGCUGCGAGGUCGUCGUUGAAAGCCGAGUUGCACCGCCAGUGCUUGCUUGGAGCGUUGAUACUGUGACGACAUACACAAUCACCGCAGAAUACUGCAGCAUCCGCAUUAAGGCCAAACCUCGUGGCCUGCUCCUGCCAGAGACCUUCGCGCGCUUCGGCCUGACCUUUGGCAUGAAGAACCUGAGGAUCGUGGAAUGGUUCGGCCGGGGCCCCAACGAGUCGUACCGCGACAAGAAGCAAUCGCAGCUGAUGAACACGUGGGGCUGGGCUGCCAACGCCAUGUUUUUCGAGUACGAGUUCCCCCAGGAUAGCGGCAACCGAACGGACGUGCAAUGGGUUGAGCUCCGGAACCGAUGGGGCGGCGACGAGAGAGGUAGGCUGCUGAGGGCCCGGUUUGGAGACCACGAUGGGGCCAGCUUCAGUGUCAUGCCCUAUACUACCAAAGAUGUGGACGAGUGUACGCAUCCGCACGAGCUGCACAAGAGGAGGCGGGACGACCACAUAGUGAGGUUGGAUUGGUACCAUCAUGGGUUGGGCACGGGAAGCUGCGGAGAGGCUACGUUGCCGAUGUAUCAGCUCAAGACGGACCGAGAGUUUGAUGUCGACUUGCUGCUUGACUGA